AUGAAAGUUUCGCAAAAACUGAAUCGUUUCAGUGAAAUAAAGAACUGGAAACCAGUGUUCGAGGUUGCGGCCAUAAACUGUGCAGAUGAUAAAAAUAUACAAUUGUGCCGUGCUCAUGCUAUUGAUGCUUUCCCAACCGUUAAGUAUUUCAAAUAUAUGUCGAGAAGUCACGAUGAUGGGGUGAAAUAUAACGGCAACAAACAUGACAUGGUGAAUUUACCGCUGGAUGUUGCUCAGUUGGUUCGAGAUGACUGGCUGAAACGGAAACCAUCUGAGCUACCGAACUUCGACUAUGAAUCGAACACUUCCACAUUGCAUAGUCUUUGGCGAUCGAGUGGCCCUCAAUCGAAACUGCUUGCAGUUAUUGUUGAAUCUCAUCCACCGAGGCAAGCUUGGGCGGCGAAAAUCAACUUUGCAUACGAUAAACGAGUUCAUGUCGCACUGGUGAGCAGUUCCGAUCCAUUAGCCAAAGAGCUCGGUGCCACUGAAGUUGGAGAUCUGCCGAAGUUUUAUUUGUUCACCAGAGCACAACCGAAAACGCCCGUCUAUACAUCGGGCGCUAAGGUGACCUGGCUUGAGAUACAAGAGAAAAUCACGGCGCGAUUGAUCGAUGAGACGCCUGCCUCAGCAAUCACAGCACCGCCGGUUGUAGAGGAUCAUCUCGCACGGAAGGGACCCGUCGUAAAUUGGACGCAGUUUGAGGUACAACUAGUGGACUUAACAUCGGCGAUGUAUUAUAUUUUGAAGGACGAAAUUCCUCGGCGACAAAUCAUCGAAGGAGAGAAUUUGAAUGCACUGAAACUGUGGAUACAUAUGUUGAAAAAAGUUCAUUUUUGA